AUAUGUGAACCACCACCAGUGAAACUACCUUUUGGUACAACGCAAUGCGAAAGUUUCUCGUUUACUUGGUCAUGGAUCAUUCAACGCACGUGGAAGUACUAUAAAAUGGCUUCUCUCUUAGCUUAUUUGCAUCAGUUGGUAGCUGUCAAUCAACAAGACAGUUUGAUACAGUAUCCCUUAUUCAGGCAGACACAUUUUCUUAAAUUUUCAAAAUGAAAACAGUUAUGCUACUUCUGUGUGCUGUGUUGGCCGGAGCUAUUGCAGAGCCAGAAGCUGAUCCAAAAGUUUACACGAAACCAUCUUACUCGAAGACCAAAGACGAUUAUUGCCACCCUCGCAAGGCACCGAUGUGCUCGAAAAACGGAACAUUAUCAUUCUGCUUGGAAGAUACUGAAUAUCCAGCCAAAAAAGUCAAGUCCACCAUCGAGUACGAUCCUUUGGCGCUGAAGAAAUAUGCCGAUGUUAUUGAUCAAUCGGCUGAUAAUUUAGUCGAUGGCUUGACGUCCUUAUCGGAGGACCAUUUCGACUACCCUGAUUAUAACGGCAAGGCAUUCGAAAAGAGCAAUUGGGCUGGAGACGAAGGAUAUAUCUGCCCCAGUGACGUCCUUUACACCCAUCCCCUUCGUGCAGUGAAUACUGACGGAGAAUGGCGUGUCAUCGUACAAGAUAUUGCCUGGCCAGGAUACACGCAAACCCAACGGAUCGAGACUUGUUUGUUCGCUGGAGCAUCUUGUCGUACUAUCUCUCCUUGCUAUGGCAGCAAAUGCCUUCAAAAGUACGUCUAUCAGCGGAUGCUCUCCUUCGAUCCCUGUGAUCCUGAGAAGGGCAUUUUUGUUGACAUCUACAAGUUGCCAUCGGCUUGUUCAUGUCGAGUGUCAAGGAAACUUAAAUAAAUAGAAAUAUCCUGUCUACUUGUAACCUAAGUAAUCCACAGUGCAUCUUCAGGAGCCAAACAACUAUAAUGUGAUUUUAUUGAAAGGAGUUGAAUAAAAUGUACUCAACAUCUA